AUGACACUUCCUCAUGUUAUGGAGCGCAACUACCGGCGCCUGGCCCUGCGCUGGCACCCAGACAAGAACCUGGACCGCGCCGAGGAGGCGGCCGAGCAGUUUAAGCUGAUCCAGGCGGCCUACGACGUGCUCAGCGACCCGCAGGAGCGCGCCUGGUACGAUAAUCACCGGGAGGCUUUGCUGAAAGGAGGCGUUGAUGGGGAGUACCAAGAUGACAGUUUGGAUCUGCUGCGUUAUUUCACUGUUAACUGUUACUCCGGAUAUGGGGAUGACGAGAAGGGAUUCUUUACAGUUUACCGCCAUGUGUUUGAAAAGAUUACAGGAGAAGAGAUGGAGUACAUGCCUCAGGGUGAUAUUGAAGAAUUCCCUACUUUUGGAUACUCUCAAAGUGACUAUGAUACGGUUGUCCAUCCUUUUUAUGCCUACUGGCAAAGUUUCUGUACACAAAAGAACUUUGCAUGGAAGGAAGAGUAUGACACACGGCAGGCGUCAAACCGCUGGGAGAAGCGAGCUAUGGAAAAAGAGAACAAGAAAACGAGAGACAAAGCCAGAAAGGAGAGGAAUGAACUGGUGCGGGAGCUUGUGGCUUUUAUCCGCAAAAGGGAUAAGAGAGUUCAAGCCCACAGGAAACUUUUAGAAGAACAGAAUGCAGAAAAAGCGAAGAAGACAGAGCAAUUCUGGAAACAGCAGAAGCUCAGACAAGCUAAGCUUGGUGAGCAAUAUAAAGAGCAGAGCUGGAUGACAGUGUCUGACCUGGAGAGAGAGUUGCGGGAGAUGGAGGCACAGUAUGAAAAGGAAUUUGGUGAUGGCUCUAGUGAUGAAGAGGAAAGAGAAGAACAGGAGCCAAGAGGAUUAGAUGAUAAAUUGAAUGAUGAGGCUGAAGAUGUUGAAUUAUAUGAUAACCUGUACUGUCCUGCUUGUGACAAAUUCUUAAAGACUGAGAAAGCCAUGAAGAACCAUGAGAAAUCAAAGAAGCACCGAGAGAUGGUAGCACUGUUAAGACAGCAGCUGGAAGAGGAGGAGGAAGAAUUAUCUGUGCCUGUGGAUGACACAAAUGGAGGAAAUGCCACAGAGGAAGAAGAAAUGGAGGAAACACCCAAACAAAAGCUGUCCAAAAAGCAGAAGAAAAAACAGAAAACAAUGACGCAGAACUAUGAAGACACUGGUGAGACCAAAAGUGCAGGUGAAGAAACAGUUGUACAGAAGGAGGCAGCUGGUGCAGACAAGGAGAAGAGUACAGUAGAAGAGCUGGAAAAUGCUGGCCAAAGAGAGGCUUCUUCUGAAAGAGCAGGUGCUGCAGACCAAGAUGCUGAACCACCAAGUGAAGCAAAAAGUGCACCUAAGCCUAAAGGAAAGAAAGCUAAGGAUCUGAAAAAAUCUGCUAAGGCAUCUUAUGAGUCUCAAACAACGAAUGAAGUUCCCAUCCACUGUGUAACCUGCAAUUGUGAAUUUCAGUCUCGGAAUAAGCUGUUUGAACACUUAAAGGCCACAGGCCACGCAAAAGCAGUGCAAGCACCAACUCUGAAUGGAGCUGUGAAUGCCAGAAGCAAAAAAGAAAAACGUAAAAACAGAUAGGACUUUGGCUGGCAAUCUUUGGACAGUCAAACACGGAUACUCGCAAAACCCGUUCAGAACCAAAAGGCAUUGUGUCCUGUAAUCUGAAUUAAAGGGCCCGGCUAAACUUGCAGAAUGGAAAAGCAUUUUUAUCCUGUGCAGAAAGUGGUGUUUAUUUUUUUUACCAACAUUUAACUGAAUUUUCAGAGGCUGUCCCAGUGGCUUUAAAGUCUUGAGAAGCUGACAUCUACAGGCUGCUGUUCCUGAAUAUUUGUUGGACUCUAUCACUAAAAAAUGUACAGGGGGAAGAAAUAAAUUAUUUUAACACUUC